AUGGUUGCAUCAGCAGUAGCAGCGGCAGCAGCGGCAACAGCAUCGGCAUCGCCUUUAGCUGCUGCUCGAACUGGUGCUGCUCGAGGCGCGUUGGCGUGCGUGGUGUACGUCUCCGAAGGGAGACGAAUGGACGUGCUGAAAGCCAUCGAAUCCGUCGCUUUAUCAAAACGGAUUACCACGAAGCCGAAUGAUAUGAAGACGAAAAGAGACGACGACGACGAGACCUACAACAACAACGCGGUUAAAUUGGUGAAAACAUUCAUCGAUGAACCGUAUAACCGAACCGGGUUUACCUUUGCGGUGAGAACGGAUGAUGAUUUUGAUGAUGCCGUGAAUGGUGGUGACAACAGUGCGUUGGUGGUGUUGGACGGGAAAGCGAAGAACGAGCGGCGGAAGAAGAAGGUCUCGCGUCUCAUCGCGAACAGAGUCCACGAAGUCGCCACGUCGGCGUUUAUGGAAAUUGGCUCGUUUAAGAAACACUCGGCGACGCACCCGAGGCUUGGGAUUGUGGACCACGUUUCGGUGCACCCGAUUGGGACGUGCGAUAUGGACGCGGCGAAGGAAGCGGCGAGAGCAGUCGGGAGGCGAUUCGGGGACGAGUUAGGGGUGAACGCGUACAUGUACGGGCACGCGACGAUGGUAAAAGGUGGUGAUGAUGGCAUAGGUGGUGAGGCCAGCGCGAAUAGUGCUAGAGAGAAGGAUACUGAGAGUAACCGCGAGCGGAGAGAAUUAGCUGAAAUUAGACGAAAAUUAGGGUACUUCUCCGCCAACGGGGAAAACGAGACGUGGGUCGGUGCUUCCGACGUGUACGACCGAAUGCAGAAGUGGGAGGUGAAGCCGGAUUUUGGCUCGAGCGAGAAAAGCGACGUGGAAGAAAAAGGCGUGUGUUGCGUCGGUGCAGUGCCGUUUGUGGUGAAUUACAACGUGCCAAUGGUAUGCGAACUGAGCGACGAGAGUCAAGAGAAACUCGCGCUCGAUUUGGGAAAACAGAUUGCGAAACGCGUCAGUCAACGAAACGAAAUCGACGGGUUACCGAACGUCCAAAGCAUGGCGCUGAUGCGAACAACAACAACACCAUCAACACCAUCACCAUCGCGUCAAAACAACAAAAUGGAAAUUGAAAUCGCGUGUAAUUUAUUAGACGAAACGUCCUCCACGACGAGAAUUCAAGUGCAAAAGAAAAUCGAAGAGUUGAUGCCGGAACUGUUGGUCGAGAACGUGUUGCGCGGCGUCAAGUUGAACGGCGCCAGUUGUCAGAUUGGACAAGGGUACGUGACCAAUUUACAGCCGCAAGAUUUCUUAGACGCGGUGAGUAGUACUUCGAGCGAUGAUGCCGCGUCGUGA